AUGUGAACGUUUUACAUCCGGGCCAAGGCUACUUCUGACGCUGCUUUGCUGCCAUAAGUGUAGUUGUGUCUUAUCGAGGCCAGUUGGAAUAAAAGCUUUUACAAUGCAGGCGUCGUCGUUAAACAUCGUUUUGUUUUCGGCUUUUCCUGUUCUGUUGUCGUUGUUGUGUUUCCAAGAUGUCGUGGAAGCAGCAAGCGGCAAAGGAUUUGGAGAUCACAUCAGUUGGAGGACGCUGGAAGAUGGCAAAAAUGAGGCAACGGCCAGUGGUUUGCCCAUCAUGGUCAUCAUCCACAAGACCUGGUGUGGAGCCUGCAAAGCACUAAAACCCAAAUUUGCAGAAUCCAAGGAAAUCUCGGAGCUUGCCCACAACUUUGUGAUGGUCAACCUGGAGGACGAGGAGGAGCCAAAAGAGGAGAACUUCAGUCCCGACGGCGGCUACAUUCCUCGCAUCCUCUUCCUCGAUCCCAGUGGCCAAGUUCACCCUGAAAUAACCAAUAAAAUGGGGAACCCCAACUACAAGUACUUCUACAGCAGCGCAGAGCAAGUGGUGUCUGGGAUGAAGGAGGCGGAGGAAAAGCUGACUGGUGACGCAUUCAAACGCAGCCACGCUGGUGAUGAGCUGUGAGGGGGCAGCAAGUCUCCCCAAACGGGACAGUUUCUCCCGUUAAGAUUUUACACUACUAUUCCCAUCAUAAAAAUGCUCUUAUUUUAUAUUUGGGAUAUUUGUACGAUGCAGUACUGUAAUGAUCGUCUGAUGUGGAUAUUAUUAAACCACAGCAGACUUUUAAGUGCCAUAUUUUUGGCCUCUUUGGUGCACAUUUAUAAGAGCACUUCCACAUAGUACUGUAGACUAAAAGUGUGCUAAUUUUGACUAAACUUUAAUGUUUUUCCAAAAGCCACGAUGUUUUCUACAAGCUAACAAAGCUGUGGAUCCUUCCAAAGACCUGUCUGAUUCCACAUUGUCGCAGAAAUGUGAAUUUAACUUUGUAUAUUUUUUUUCUUGUUACUUCUGCACUGUUGGAAAACACUGUGUGCUUUGUUCUACUCAAUAUAUAAGUGUGAAAAUAAAAAAACAUGUUGUAGUGAAUGACUCGGGCAAAUCCUUACACAACAGCGAGUGGAUUAUAUCAAAGUUUAUUGUCCCAACAUCGGUGGCGAAUCCCUUAUUGCCACGUGUGCCAACACAACAGCGGAACACACAAAAGAGUUGAAACUCAAACCCAAAAUUAUUACAAUCCAGCUAGGACACAUGUGGAGCUAAAGUGCAUCGUCAGCUGAAAAUGACAGGCGAAAUAAAACAUUUUUUUAAAAGCCUCUAAAAUCAAACCUAUGUAAAUAUUGCUAAAACAGGAGACAUGCAUGUCAGCCUAAUCGAAUUAUUACAGUAUUAGUGUUUCCUUUUUUUAAAUUGUAGUAUCUUACAAUAUGCACCACAGAGGAGUACCGUUGAUAACAAAGAAGGUAAGUGUGAUGAUAACCAUAGACCAUAUUCCAAUUAUACCAGACGUAAAAAUCAAUUAAAUUCAGCAGUACCUUAAAAAACCGUAUCACUCAACACACACCUUUUCCCACCCUAUUAAUCACAUCUUUAAAGGGGGAUUAUUUUUACUCUUAUUAUAGCUCUUUUUACACUUUAAAAUUUUUACUUAAACAUUGAUUGUACUGCUAAUGUAUCUAAAGAACUCAUAUGCUCUCAAAACCGGUAUGUCCAAAAAAUAUGUUAAUGAGAUUUAAUAUCAGAUAUUAAAUCAUGUAUUUGUAUU